AUGAGUUAUCAACCCUUUGAGUGCCAUGUUUGUCACCGCCGCUUCACGCGCAAUGAGAACCUCAAGCGGCACGCUGCGCUGCAUUCGCGCUCAAAGGAGGCUCCCUCGCACAGGUGUGACUAUUGUACCACUACGUUCUCGCGGGCCGAUCUUCGCCGCCGCCAUAUGAAGAAGGUCCAUCUAGAAGGGGAAGACUCCCGGCCCACAAAGAGACUUCGGCAGGACACGUCGACACUCGGCCACGAGCCGGAGGAACAGGGAUCUUGGCCCAGACAGCAGACACUGUCUGUGUCCCCGUCAGACCGCCAGUACGACUUGACCCGGACACAGUCGAGCCCUUACGGCUCGCUUCUGAUGGACUACCCUUCUUGGAACCCCCGACCGCAGGACGAGCAAGGUCCAGUGCACCACGGUGCGCACCAGUACGGCGAAGACGGCACGAACCUCGCAAGUGCCAGCCCUAUAAGCGAUGGAGGCGACAAUUCUUCGACCGACUCAGGCUCGGCAGGAAUUUCAGCAGGAUCGACACACAUCAAUCGACCAGUCUUCCACGCGGCUGACGGGGAACGAGGUCUGCAGUUGGGAUCCUCGGCUCCCAAGCUCUCUUGUCACACUGGUGCUCAGCACACGAGCUCGUCGCCACCACCUCCUUCCACGGUCAGUCCAAGUCAAAUCCAUCACAGUUUCAUUCCUCACAGGAAGAGCGUUUCUCCGUCAGAAGAUCGGCAAGGCCAUCGGAAAGACUGGUUUCCCUCGCCGGAGCAGAUCGCGCGAGGCGUACACCACUACUUUGCACACGUCUCCAACUUUUUCCCAUUUCUGCAUCGACCGACAUUCGACGCCGGUCGCGCCGCUGACUACUUGAUUCUCGGCAUGCUUAGUCUGGCGUAUCAAUAUGACGAGGACCCGGAUUGCGGUGGCGCACUCGGCUCGGGGGCGAGACUCUCUGCGCGCUGCUUCCACCACGCACGUGUGCUCCUUGACUCAAACGAAGAAGGCACGACAGCUGACUGGUCAAACAGCCUGGCCAUGAUCCAGGCGUAUCUGCUGCUUCAGGUGUGUGCCAUGAUGUACCUCUGUGGCGGAGACUCGGCACAUGGCCUGCGGAUGCAUUCCAAGAUGAUAUUCCUCGCGCGUUCGGGGGGUCUGAUGCAAACGGUCCCGAGCCCUGCCGCGGCGGGUGAAGAUCUGGGGUCUCUGUGGCGAGAGUUCGUCACGGCCGAGUCUCACAAGCGGACCUUGUUUGCCCUCCACCAGAUGGACGCGCUGUGGUACCAGUUCCUCUCGAUCCCGCGGUCGCUCUCGCACCUGGAAAUCAAACACGAUCUGCCUUGUCCGGAGGAUUGCUGGACGGCCGCCUCGGCAGAGCAGUGGGCGCACCGGAGGUUGCUCGCAGGGGGCCACGCCGGCGAGCCACCACCCAUGCAGUACGGGGACGCCGUCCGACGCUUUCUCUCCGAUGACCACCCGGACGUCGACUCGAUUCCGGACUUUGACGCGUACGGGGCCGUCAACAUCGCCCAGUUCAUGAUUUCCAGCGUCCGCGAGAUUUCCGGCUGGCUGACCAUGACCGGGCGGCUCAGCAUCGAGAGGUUGGAGCCUCUGAGGUCGUCGCUGGAGGCCCUCCGCCCCCUCGUCCGCCUCCGGGUGGACGCGGGGAGGUCGAGGGGUUCGUCGGCCGUCCUGUGCGAGGCGACAUGGCAGAUGGCCAUGAUCGAGCUGCAGACGUGGUCUCCCGCCCACACCGGCGGCAUCGUGGGAGGGAGCGUGGACGCGUUGCUGCAGGAGUCCACCCACCUCGCGCCGCCGUGCGAGUUCCUGGUCGAGACCGACACGGCCAGAUCCAUCCGGCCGCACGUCGACUGGUUCCUGCGCCAGGUCGACGACGCAGCGCCGGCCCCCGGCUCGGAACCGCCGUGGGUCCUCCUGUACGCCUACAAGGCGUUUCUGAUCGCCUGGCGCCUGGUGUGCGGAGCCUCCGUGGGCGCGAUGCAGGUCGUGGGCGUGGCCGACGGCGACGCCGAGGCGGCCAUGGCCUGGGCGCGGAAGGCUUUUGGAUCCAGAAGACACUGGCAGGUCGGGAGGAUGAUCCUGACGUGUUUGGACGUGUUGGCGGGACCACCCCAGGCGGUGGGUGUGUAG